AUGUGUCUGUGUUGUGUCAGUAAUAGGACCCAGUGCUCCAUAAAGGAUAAUAGCUUCCAGUGCACUAUCCCUCAUGAGGACUCCCUGAGUGGUUCGUCAUCUGCCUCCUCAUGUGAACCAGUGACUGACUUCCCUGCAACCUUCCGAAAGUCUACCUACUGGAUUAAGAUGAGAAGAAUCAAGCCUGCUGCCACUUCACAGGUUGAAGGUAUAGGAGCCAGACAAAGGCGGCGGCCAAGACAAAGGCUUCAAAGCAACAGGUUCUUGAAGAUAUCAGGAAAAUCAAAGCUUUAGAAUUGGAAGAAUCCAAGAAGUAUGCCACAGCAAGUGAUCUGGCAUGUAUUCCAGGACGUCGUCGUCGUAAGGACCAAACCCAGGACUGUAUAUUAUGCUCAAUCGAUAGAAGCUUUAAAAAUAUCUUUCAACAUCUGGAAAAUGC